CUGGUUUUACAUGAUGGCUGCCAUGUCAAUUUUCUUUCACAAUUUAUCAAAAAAUUUUAAAACGGGUUGUGCAAACAAGAAAGUUAUUGAAGAGUAGAAUUAGAUCACUAAAAUAAAUAUAAAUACUUGUUGUGUGCUUAACGGACGCUUUGUAAUCGAAAAAAAAACAGUGCCCAACCCAUUCAAUAAGUGAUCAUUCAGUCAGUUCAUUAGCGAGUGCGAUGUAACAACAUCCGUUUGUGCUCCCGAUCUCUGAAAAAAUGGACUCAAGUAGCAGUUCCAGCAUCGAGAAAUGCAACUGCGACAAGUCGGAACCGUCGCAAGAAAGUGAUAGCAGUAAUUCGGAAUGUUCACCCAAAGAUAAGAAAAUCAAAAUCAGUUUGACUUCACUCGGUCUGAAUUUGCGUCGAGGCCGGUCGAAACGCAACAAGAAAUCGAAUCAAAUCACACCGUCCACUUCUUCGGGUGCUGGCACCAGUAAAGAAAUCACUAAGAAGUCACCGAAAUGGGGAAUCAAAUUCAAUUGCGCUAAAAAAGAACCGAAAGUGGCCUUCGUCGAAGAGAGCACGAAUUGUUGCAAGUGCACGUGUUAUAGAAGGACGGAGGAGCACGAAGCAGGGCCUGGAACUGUGUUUGCAAGUGAGGAUAAUGAAAGGACGAAUGAAAUAGUAGAUCAGUCGAAUGAGGAGGAAAAUAGGGAAGAGGUACAGAAUGAGAAUGAGGAGGGUGAAGGGGUUAAGGGAAUUUAUGGAAUCUCGAGGAAUUCGAGCUGUUUGUGUAUCGGACAGUGGGAUAUGCAUUGGAUACGUACUGUACACGAAGACUGUGAUGAAGCUGCUCGGCUAGCACGCGCCCGUGAGAUCGAGCAAGGCGUGGACCCCCCUGCGAACUUCCGUCCCGUCCGAAGGGUGCAACUUUUGUGUUCCGACAUGGACUCGGAAGGAGGUCAAGUGCCAAGGAGGCUGCAGCUGGUCUGCCCUCCAGACCUGACCGUCGACUCGCUGCGGGCUCUUUUCCAAAACCACGUGACUCUCCGGUCAUGUCCUUUGGACACCAUCGCCGGCUGUCAUACUCAGGUUGACUUCAUCCAUUGUCUCGUACCUGAUCUAUUGGAAAUCACCAAAUGCAGUUUUUACUGGGGUAAAAUGGACCGUUACGAGGCGGAGAGGUUGCUUGACGGUAAACCCGAAGGUACUUUCCUCCUUCGUGACUCCGCCCAGGAAGAGUUCCUUUUCAGCGUGUCUUUCCGCAAAUACGGGCGGUCGUUGCAUGCAAGGAUAGAACAGUGGAAUCACAAGUUCAGUUUCGAUUCGCACGACCCCGGCGUCUACACGUCUGACACAGUUUGUGGCCUUAUCGAACAUUACAAAGAUCCGAGUAGUUGCAUGUUUUUCGAGCCGAUGCUCACAUGGCCUUUGCACAGGAACUUCACGUUUUCGUUGCAACAUUUGUGCAGAGCGACGAUCGUUAAUCGGUUGACUUAUGAUAACAUUAAUCUGUUGCAAUUGCCUAAGACGUUGAAGAGUUAUCUCAAAGAGUACCAUUAUAGACAGAAAGUGAGAGUGGAAAGGUUUGAUGAUGACAUGCAGUGGCUAGAUUUGAGGAAAGUAUCUUCGUAAUCAGUGUGUUAUUGUUGUACAUCUGUUUUUUUUUUUUUCGUUUAAUUGGAGAUUUGCAUGAGUCGGAGGAUAUUGUGCAAUAAGGUGAU